GCCAGCGUGACUCCGCAAAAGGAACUUGGAGAUGUCAUUGCUUUAGCUGUGGAAGGCUUUAUCAGCCCUUGCGGAGGCUUUCCCCUGCUCACAGCACUCAAGGCUGCAGCUGUAGUGGAGGAAAAUGGAGCCUGUAGAUCUUCUGGCACUUGCCUCCCUAGAAAUGAACAGUACCACAGCCACCCUGGCUUUGCUGGCAGUCUUCCUGGUCCUGCUGUAUUGGUACUCUACAUCUGCAUUCUCCAAACUAAGCAGAGUAGGGAUCCGACAUCCUCCACCUCUUCCUUUCAUUGGAAACCUGCUCUUUUUCCGUGAGGGUUUUUGGGAAAACCACACAAAACUCAUAAAAGAAUAUGGACCUGUUUGUGGGUAUUAUAUUGGUCGCCAGAUGUUUGUGGUGGUCUCCUCACCAGAGAUGAUCAAGCAAAUCUUAGUGGCAGAUUUUAGUAACUUCACCAACAGAAUUAAGCCGAACUUGAUAUCCAAGCCAAUGCUUGAUAGCAUCCUUUGUCUUCGUGAUGACAGAUGGAAGUACGUGCGGAGCCUUCUGACCCCAGCCUUCAGCGAUACCAAACUGAAAGAGAUGACACCACUGAUAAACCAGACCUGUGACAUCCUGCUGUGUAACUUGAAAGUCUAUGCAGAUUCUGGGAAAGGUUUUGAUAUCCAGAGGUGUUACAACUGCUUUACCUUGGAUGUCGUUGGUAGCGUAGCUUUUGGAACUGAGGUGGAUUCUCAGAAGAAUCCUGAUGACCCCUUUGUUAAGAAUUGCAGAACAUUCUUUGAAAUGUCUUUGUUUAAGCCUCUUCUCAUUCUAAUCCUUUCUUUCCCAUCCAUAAUGAUCCCAUUGCUACGCAUUUUUCCCAACAAGAAACAAAAGGAACUUAAUGAAUUCUUUAUCCAAACCGUAAAAAAUGCAAUUGUCUACAGACACCAGCAAGAUGCAACUCAGAGGCGCAGAGAUUUUCUCCAGUGGAUGCUUGAUGCCUGCGACUCAGCCGAGUCCCUGGCAGCCGGGUGCUCGGGUGUGCUCGGCCCAUCUGCUGCUCCCAGACAGGAUGAGGCGCCUCUGGCUGGCACAGCCCCAUCUGAGAAGGCUCAGAAGAUGCUGACAGAGGAUGAGAUAGCAGGCCAAGCUUUCCUGUUCCUGAUCGCUGGCUAUGAGACCACCACGAGCACGCUGUCCUUUGCCACCUACCUGCUGGCCACCAACCCGGAGUGCCAGGAGAAGGUGCUGCGGGAGGUCGAUGAGUUCUCUGCAAAACACAUGGUGCCUGAUUACCAAAAUGUACAAGAACUCCCUUACCUGGACAUGGUGAUUGCAGAGACGUUGCGCAUGUACCCACCUGCAUUCAGAUUCACUAGGGAAGCAGCUAAAGACUGUGUAGUGCUGGGGCAGCAUAUUCCAGCUGGAGCUGUCAUUGAAACUGCAGUUGGACACCUUCACCACAACCCUGAGUUCUGGCCAGAACCUGAAAAAUUCAUUCCUGAGAGGUUUACAGAGGAGGCCAAGAAGGAACGACAUCCCUUUGCAUACCUGCCCUUUGGGGCAGGACCCCGUGGCUGCAUUGGCAUGAAAAUGGGUUUGUUGGAGACAAAAAUUACUCUGCUGAGGAUUUUGCAGAAGUUUCAAUUCAAGACCUGCCCGGAGACUGAGAUUCCUUUGCAGCUCAAAUCAAAAGCCACACUUGGACCAAAAAAUGGAGUCUACAUCAUGCUGGAAUCUCGCUAAAAGGGAAUGUACAUCCUGAAGCCUUUGUUAGUGAGUCACUGGGUAUAAUUAUUUUUCAAAACUCCAAGGACAGACAGGAGCCUAAGUCCCACUGAUGGUCAGUAGGUGCUUCCUUGCUGCUCUCCUGUGGGACAGCCUCCAGUCACUUUUUAAAAUGGGCUCCACAGUCUUUUUUGGGUAUUUUCAAAUUGCUGUGAAGAGUAUCUACAAAGAAGCAUCCCAAUUUCAUUUGCUUUUCUUCAUCCCACUUCUUUUCACCUAUCUGUGAGAAUGCUUUCCUCAUGCUCAGUUUCCACAAUUUACAGUAGAUUUUAAUUUCAAUUCAUUGUAUGACACAUCCUUCUCAUGAACUUGUGAGUCCCUAGAGAAAGCCCCAAAGGCACCACAGUUACAGCAGAAGACCUGGGAUGCAGUGCAUUGGAUUUUUUCGUGAACUCCACUAGCAAUCAAAGCUGAGGCCCCUGUACAAUGCUUGAUCUCUACCUGUGUCUGUAAAGCUAGAGAUGUUGCACCUCCUCCAUGCUUUGAAGUGAUUUUAAAUACACUUAGAUUAACAAUUUGCACUUGGCACAUUCCAUCGACAUGACAGAAGAAGAAUGAACCAGUAAAGUUCCAGCAGCUAAGACCAAAGAAAUGAGGUGACAGCUAUUUUUCUGGCUGCUGAGCUGCUGUUGGAAAGGUGGAGACAGAGAAGAUACGAAUUUAAAGCAAGCAGGAGGACUGAAGGAAAUUUAAAGGUAAUUAGAAGGUGUUGGUACCACAUCUGCUUCAUGGGGAGGCCUUUCCUUUCCAAACAUUGCAGCUGGCACCGCCCCUGUCUAGCUUGAAUCA